AUGUCUUUCUACGACAUUCUUGCCAGCGGGGAUAAGACCUUAGACGAAACCAGGCCUCAUGGAUCGAAAAUAUGGAACUUUUUCUCUCAUAUCGCCUGCAAUAGCGUGAUAGGGGCUUCUAAGAUAAUUCUCAAUACAAUGUAUGACGUUGAGGUGAAAGGCUUGGAAAACUUGGAUGGUGCCAUGGCAAAUGCUCGUGAUCGCAAUCGCUGUAUUUUAAGUGUGAUGAAUCAUAUGUCUACUUGUGAUGACCCUUUUCUAUGGGCUUGUCUUCCCUGGAGAUACUUCAAGGACUUGGAUGAUAUACGGUGGGGUAUGGCAGCUUCCAAUAUUUGCUUUACCAAUUCAACCACUUCUACGUUUUUCUCGCUUGGCAAAAUCCUUUCUUGCCAAAGGUUUGGAAGAGGCCCCUUCCAACCGGGUAUAGAUGCAUGCGUUAGACUUUUAUGUCCAGACGAUACCCUAGACGAGAAACAUAUAUUUAAGGGGACCCGAUCCUGUAUCUCACCUUCACUGAUUCCUAAAGACUCUGUAAACUUCUUUUCCUCGAUUUACUCUCCUCCAAUGCUUCGGAAAAAGACCUCUUUGGUACAUGUUUUUCCAGAGGCAUUCGUCUGCCAGUUACAACCUCCUUUCAAGAACUCAAUGCGUUUCUUCCGUUGGGGUACUGCAAGACUCAUAUUAGAACCUACCGUGGCCCCAGUUAUAGUACCUAUCUUCUCCGAUGGGUUCGAGAAAAUCAAGCCCGAAAAGGUUGAAGAUGAUCUUUUUGACUUCUUUACUUUUAGCAACAGAGGCUCAAAAGUUACCGUUAACAUCGGCAAACCAUUAGAUGAGAAGGUCAUCGAGGGUUUCAGAAGCGAGUGGCAGAAGCUUUGUCUGAAAUAUUAUGACGUUGACAACCCUUUCAAGAUGACAGAUGAGCUCAAGUUUGGAAAUGAAACUAGAAAGUUGCGUAGUAAGGUCUGCGCAUAUCUUCGUGAGCAGGUUUGCAAGCUUCGCCGUGAAAGUGGAUUUCCAGAAGAGGAUAGUCGCUUUAGUAGUGUCGACUGGUGGACCAACUACACCACCACCAAGGGUAUGAGUGAUACUGAUGUCAAAUUUGUCGGACUAAACUGGGCCAUCAGCGAUUAUCAAAAGAACGUCAAGUUCUACGAUGAUCAUGGAAACCCAAUAGAUACCCAGAAGAAGAAUUGA